UAUUGUCCAUCGUGUCGUAAAACCGUCUUAUCUGAGACCUAUACUAAAACUGGUCAUGGGACUUGGCUUAUGUGUUGCUGCUUUAUACCCUUUUGUGUGAAGUCAUGCAAGGAUGUUCAACACACUUGUCCAGAGUGCGACAGAAUUGUGGCUACCAAAGAAAUAAACUGUUAGAGGAUGUGACCAACUUGACACAAUGGUCACUACCUUUUCGCACAAAACACCCGAAAUGA